AAAUGGCUCAUGGUGGGAGCUCCAGUUGAAGGGCUCUGGGAAAACCCCUUAUUCUCGCAGUGGAGAUGGAAGAGCAGUAAUACGGUCAAGUGUUCGAGAAUUCCUUGCUGCUGAAGCUAUGGCUGCUCUAGGUUUCAGAACAUCAAGAAGUGCAUCAAUUGUGGUGGGAGAAGAGUUAGCCUUAAGAGAUCAGUUUUAUAAUGGGAAUCUGAAGAUGGAGAAGAUGGCUGUAGUGCUUCGUCUUGCUCCUACUUGGUUCAGAUUUGGUUCUUUAGAAAUACUUGCCAGAAGGGAUGAAACAGAGAUCCUUCAGUUAUUACUGGACCACAUCAUUGAGAAACACUUUAGAAAUAUAGCAGUUACAGAUCCUGAUCGAUAUCUAAGCCUUUUCUCAAAAAUUGUUGAAGAAACAGCAGAAAUGAUUGCUCAGUGGCAGAGUGUUGGUUUCACUCAUGGGGUAAUGAACACUGAUAAUAUGAGCCUUGCAUCAGUUACUAUAGAUUAUGGACCAUUUGGAUUUCUGGACACUUAUGAUCCUGAUUUUAUACCAAAUUCAUCUGAUGAUGAGGGUAUGUAUAGUUACAAAAAUCAGCCUAAAGUGGGAUAUUACAAUCUACAUAGACUUGCUGAUGCUCUUCGGCCACUACUGUCACCAAGUCAGAUACAGCAGAUAAAGCAAAUCCUCCCCGGGUUUCACGUGCAUUUUCAAACUGCUUAUCUUCAGUUGUUUGCAAGGAAAUUAGGGCUUCAGAAUUCCAAAAUGGAAGAUAAAAUGCUGGUUGAAAAUUUGCUUGACAUAAUGAAGGACAGUAAAGCAGAUUUUACCAUGACCUUUUGGGAGAUUGGAAACCUGUCACUGAAAGAAAUAGAGUCAAAGAAUGUACCCAAGAACUUUUGGAGCUUGCCUAAGAUUUUAAAUCACAGCAAAUUUGAUUCAUUCCUGAGUCAGUAUAAGUUGCGCUUACAAGAAGAAAAUUCGAGUGAGGAGACAAGGCAGUCCAUCAUGGCUAGUACUAAUCCAAGGUAUAUCCUAAGAAACUGGAUAGCUCAGCACGUAAUAGAACAAGUUGAACAGGCAAACUUUAAUGAGUUAGACCAAGUGUUGAAUAUUUUAAACAGUCCCUUUUCUAUUCAACCAAUUGCUGAAAAGAAAGGUUUGGCCAGUUCUCCUCCCAAGUGGUCAAAAACUUUAAGAGUCAGCUGUUCAAGCUGAAAUUGAAUCAUCUUGUACACAAGCAUAUACCUCAUGGAGAGAAAUAUACAGUACAAUUCCCAAAUGAAGGGAUGCUCUUUGUCUAUUUUUGUUCUGAUUUCACCAGAAGUACAUAUAAGGGUAUUUAUACUUGAACAUCAAUGGUCUAAAUGUCUGUGUAAAGUAGGUGUGUACUUUUUAUGCAUAUGUAUGUAUGUGACAUAAAUAUCCUCUAUGUACACACACACACACACACUCGCACACACACACACACACACACACACAC